AUGAUCUUAUCUUCUUCUGCCCGCUGUCCACUAUAUUAUAACAUUGGCUAUAGCAGUGAUAACGACGGAAUUGAUAGUAGUAUAUCUUUCCGCUUAGACUUGGACAACGCUGUCGGUGUGGAUUUUCCGAUUGAUACCACUGAUGUUAUAACUCCGACUUGCCUCUACGGCGAGUGGGUGGAGAUAGGGGUCGAUCCUGUCGGAACUGCUCUAGGCAACGGCCUACGGGAAGAAAGUCUCACGGGAGUGAGAAAGGAUCUCCUUCUCCAAGCUGCAUAA